CUGUCCACAGGGAAGAAACCUCACCGCUGCUCUGACUGUGGGAAGAGAUUCCCCUCUUCAGCUGGCCUUAAAAGACAUCUGAGAAUCCACACGGGAGAGAAACCUAAUAGUUGUGAUCAAUGUGGGAAGAGUUUUAGUGUUACAAGCAGCCUGAAAGCACACCAGAAAACACACACAGGAGAGAAACCUUACAGCUGUUAUCAGUGUGGGAAAAGUUUUACUUCAUCUAGCCACCUGACCAUACACCAGAGAACACACACAGGAGAGAAGCCUUAUAGCUGUGAUCACUGUGGGAAGAGUUUUGUUACAUCUAACUGUCUGACCAUACACCAGAGAAUACACACGGGUGAGAAACCUUACCACUGCUCUCACUGUGGAAAGAGUUUUGUUAUCUCAGGAAAUUUAACAUCACACCAGAGAACACACACAGGAGAGAAGCCUUAUAGCUGUAAUCAAUGUGGGAAGAAUUUUUCUCACUCAGGCAACCUGAUAGCACACCUGAGAAUACACACUGGAGAGAAACCUCAUUGCUGCUCUGACUGUGGGCAGAGAUUCGUCUUUUUAGCAGAUCUUAAAAUACAUCAGAGAAUCCAUACAGGAGAAAAACCUUACCACUGCUCUGACUGUGGAAAGAGUUUUGUUUCAUCAAAACAUUUAAAAUCACACCAGAGAACACACACAGGAGAGAAGCCUUAUAGCUGUGAUCAAUGUGGGAAGAGUUUAAGUGUUACAAGCAGCCUGAAAACACAUCAGAGAACACACACAGGGGAGAAACCUUAUAGUUGUGAUCAAUGUGGGAAGAGUUUUGUUACAUCUAACAGUCUGACUAUGCACCAGCGGACACACACAGGAGAGAAACCUCAUAGCUGUAGUCAAUGUGAUAUGAGAUAUGAUAAAAGAUCUCUGAUUAAACACCAGAAAAUACAUGAAGGAGUUGUUUCAUGAUAAAUGAAAUAAUGACACAAUGUAGAAUGU